AUGUUUCUCUAUCGAGUUGCAUCGAGGCUUAAGCCUGUAGCAACAAGUAGAAGAUUCUUUGCCAGUAACGGUAGCCAUGAUAUUUCCAAAGUUAUUGCUGAACUCAAUCAGGAAAUGGAAUCUGUGUUCGGCGAACCCCCAGCAUCCGGCCCCAAAAGUUCCUCAAAUACCCAAGUCACUUCCGCAGAAUCCCAUCUUUUAGUAAAUGACCAACGAAAAGAAGACCCGUUUACCCAGUUAACCCACAUCGGAAGCAAAGGCGAAGCCCAAAUGGUCGAUGUCUCCUCCAAAGACAUCACCAACCGUGUAGCUGUCGCUAGUUGCAAGGUCAUUUUGGGCCCAAAAGUAUUUGAUUUGGUUUUGGCCAACCAAAUGGAAAAGGGAGAUGUUCUUGGCGUUGCAAAAAUAGCUGGAGUCUGUGGGGCCAAGCAGACGAGCAGUUUAAUCCCGCUUUGUCAUAACAUCAAUCUUUCGCACGUUAAUGUGGAUUUGAAAUUGAGUUCCAGUGAUUUUAGUGUCGAAAUAAAAGGCGAAGCUGUCUCGACCGGGAAAACUGGAGUGGAGAUGGAAGCUUUGAUGGCUGUGACUGUGGCCGGUCUCACUGUGUAUGAUAUGUGCAAAGCUGCUUCAAAGGAUAUUGUGGUCACAAACAUACAACUCGAGUAUAAAAGUGGAGGUAAAAGUGGCGAAUGGUCUAGGAAGCUGUGA